CUGGGGGGUCCGGGGCCGGCCCAGGACCCCCAGAUUAGGUGGACACUGGCUUUGGCGGUCGGAUCAGGUCUUCCAGCCUCUGCACCCAAAGUUUUCGUCGGGCCUUGAGCGGGGAGGAGCUGCCGGGCGGGCGGAGGCAGAGAUGGCGGAGGGCGGUGGAUCGGAAUGCGGGGGUGUCCAGUCUGGUUGGCCCCCCAAGCCUGCUAAGCAUGAAGCUUCUGUGUUUGGUGGCCGUGGUCGGGUGCUUGCUCGUGUUCCCAGCUCAAGCCAACAAGAGCUCUGAAGAUAUCCGUUGCAAAUGCAUCUGUCCACCAUAUAGAAACAUCAGUGGGCACAUUUACAACCAGAAUGUGUCCCAGAAAGACUGCAACUGCCUGCACGUGGUAGAACCCAUGCCGGUGCCCGGCCACGACGUGGAGGCCUACUGUCUGCUGUGCGAGUGCAAGUAUGAGGAACGCAGCACCACCACCAUCAAGGUCAUCAUUGUCAUCUACCUGUCAGUGGUGGGGGCUCUCUUGCUCUACAUGGCUUUCCUGAUGCUGGUGGACCCUCUCAUUCGAAAGCCGGAUGCAUAUACCGAACAGCUGCACAAUGAGGAGGAGAAUGAGGAUGCUCGCUCUAUGGCAGCCGCCACUGCCUCCUUGGGGGGCCCUCGAGCAAACACCGUCCUAGAGCGCGUGGAAGGUGCUCAGCAGCGGUGGAAGCUGCAGGUGCAGGAGCAGCGGAAGACCGUUUUCGAUCGGCACAAGAUGCUCAGCUAGAUGGGCCGCCAAGUUCCUCAGAAGUCCCACCAACUUGACCACCAAGUGCAGCUGACUCUGGAACAAGGUUGAACUGCAUGGGGUCACCUAUCUGUGGAUGUUUUUUAUAGCACAGUGCUGUAAAUGUGAUCUUAACAACAGUUUCUUUUCUGCAGCUUACUUUAUUGUAAGAAUUCAGUAUAUACUACAUAUAGCAUACUAAGUAUGUGUUGACUGUUUAUGUUAUCAGUAAGGCUUCCAAUCAACAGUAGGCUAUUAAUAGUUAAGGUUUGGGGGAGUCAAAAGUUACAUGUGGAUUUUCAACUGCACAGGGUGUCAGCGCCCAUAACCGCCUCCCCAGUUCACGCCUUCCUCAUUUCUCUUGGGAUCACUUUGCUUCCCUCCCUCAGAACCAUAAACGGCUCCCCAUUUCCCAAGGCUUGAGUUCUUUAUUGAGGCCUGUUAGGCCUUGAGUCCUUGCUUUGCCUGUACCUCAGCAUUUAGCCCCAGAAAAAAUUGGCGGAGUCACUGGGUGGGGCCCUUGGUAGGGAGGGAUCAAUGGGCUCUCGCCUAGGUGGGUGUGGGCCGUGGCUACCAGGAUGCAGCUCUUCCCAAGCUGCCUCUGAGGCUCCGCAGGUGUCGGGCAGGAGGUACUGGCAGAAGCUGACUCAGUCCUCUGACCAGCUCCCGCUGUUCACUCACUUGCCCUGGGGGGCUGAGGAGGAAGCAGAGCUUGAAGGUGUGGAGGGGAAGGCCUAGUCUUUGCUCCUAUCUGUUCCUGAGCCUCUGCUUUGCCAGCGCAGGCAAUCCCUGCAGGCUCCAGGGAGCCGGCAGGGUGGGUGGGUGGAGUGCGCGCUAGAAGCUGGGAUGAAUGGACGGCCCUUCACCCCUCUGAGCCAACCCCUCAUCUGUAGCAAUACCACAGCCCGUGGUGAGUGCUCAUCAGGAGGUAGCUGUCAUUCUGAGGGACUGCCCCGAAAUCUCCCAGAAGAUCAGGCCUCCCUUGAGUAAAGCAAGUGGGGCACUUAAAAGCAUGAACUCUGAGCCAGUAGCCUGGGUACAAAGGCGAACUCCGCCCCUUACUGGCUUGGCAACUUCGAGUGGAUUUUGAAGCCUUGCAUGCCUCUGUUUCCUCACUGCAGAACGGGAGUAAUUACCUACCUCAUUGGGUUGCUGUAAAGAAUAAAUUAUUAACGUGCAUAAAACACAACAAUCCUAGCACAUAAAUAAAGUACUUAGCAUUG